AGACAGACACACAGACAGACACACAGACAGACAGACAGGCAGACACACAGACAGACAGACAGACAGACAGACACACAGACAGACACACAGACAGACAGACAGACAGGAUGAAGUCGACGCAGGAGCGCAGUAACGAGUGCCUGCCCCCUAAGAAGCGUGAGAUCCCGGCAAGCACCAUCUCUGCAGCGUCGGGCAGCCUGCCGUCUGAACAGCGCCCCCUCGUGGUGUCUACGGCCGGUGAGGGUCAGCGCGGGAAUCUGGCCUGGCUCGCCAGCGUGGUGAGCGUGCACGAGGGCCGAGAGCAGCGCACGAGUAUGAGCAGGAGCGUGCACGAGGGCCGAGAGCAGCGCACGAGUAUGAGCAGGAGCGUGCACGAGGGCCGAGAGCAGCGCACGAGUACGAGCAGGAGCGUGCACGAGGGCCGAGAGCAGCGCACGAGUACGAGUGUGCACGUCUCAUCGCACGGCACCAACGGACCACAGUACAAACCCCUCUCCUCCGCUGACUCCUCCUCCUCCUCCUCCUCCUUCACCUCCUCGCUUUCGGCUCUGGGCGUGACAGCCUGCACCUCCACCCUCUUACAGACAGGGGGCUCCACCCAGUACUCGCCCCCCAGCGUCCACUUCCUCACGCCCCCCUACGCUGGCCCCUACGCCGGCUACCUCUCCCCCCUCACUCCUCCUCUUCCUCCUCCUGUCUCCAACGCCCAGCGCUCCUCCUCCUCAGGAGAGUCCACUUACACCUCCUCCUCCUCCUCCUCCUCUUCUAAACUGGACCAUCACCAGCAGCAGCAGCAGCAGCAGCAGCAGCAUCAGUCCAAAGUGUCCGACGCAGUGACCGCGGUGACCCUGGCGCAUUCCACUCAUUACCUGCCGGUGUCCAGCUCUGCCCACCACGGUGCCCACCUCCACUCUCCGCACGCGCUGGGCCCUCUGGUGCUGCAGUACUCUGACCCGCCACCGGGGGGCCAGCCAGAAAUGGUGAACGGGGACCUGGGGCGGAGCCGCAGGGUGGGCGUGGCCAAGCAGCACCAGCAGCACUACGAGGUCAAGGGUCAAGGUCAGUACGAGGCGCUACGCCACGUGCUCCUGCCGGCCGAGUACGCGCCAGACAGCGCCGGACAGCGGCCCUCGCUCACGCUCAACAGUUGCCACAGCGGCGGCUCGGACGCGCUGACCAGCGCAGGCGAUAAGGGCGGCAUCACACGCGGCCCUACCUCCUCCUCCCCGUUCCUCCCGCCGCUGCCAGUGGACGGCCUCAAGGGGGUCAUCCAGACGAGCGGCGCCGGGCCGUCGGUGUCCCUGGGGUUCUACCCGGCCCAGUCGCCGGUGUUGGGGUACAUGGGGUACCCUCACCUGCUGACCCAGCCGCUCCUCGUCCCCGCCAGCGCGCCCUCGUCCACGUCCGCCGGACACACGUUCCUGGCGCCCGCCGCCCCGGCCAAGAGCGCGUCGGCGUUUGAGUCGCCCGCCACGUACCCCCCCCACGCUGGCCAGGUGGUGCAUCUGCCCCUGGCGCACGGCUCCGGCGGCCUGCUGGCCUCUCCGCUGACCCCCACUGCCCCCUCGCUGCCAGCGUACUUCGCUGCGGGCUCCAUCAUCCAGCUGGCGGACGGCGCGCUGAAGCGCGUGGAGGAGCUGAGCACCGACGACUUUCUGCAGAGCGCCCACGUCAGCGCUGACCUGCGCAUCGACUCCAGCACCGUGGAGCGCAUCACCGCCAGCCUCACGCCCGACCACGCCAUCGUCCACUUCGCCGUCGGAGAGCACCGCGCACAGGUGAGCGUGGAGGUCCUGUCGGAGUACCCGUUCUUCGUGUUCGGCCAGGGCUGGUCGUCGUGCUGCCCAGAGCGUAGCACCCAGCUGCUGGAGCUGCCCUGCGCCAGGCUGUCCGUGGGCGAUGUCUGCAUCUCGCUGACCCUCAAGAACCUCAAGAACGGCACCCUCAAGAGGAACCCGGGCCCGCCACCACCGCCGGAGAACCCGAGCCAAGGAACCCACGGAACCCUCAAGCCGCCCAGGGCAGCGUCCGGCGAGCGCGAGAACGGCACGGCGGGUCAGACCAACGCGGCCAACGGAGAGCUGCGGCCUGCGGGGGGGGAGGGGGGGGCUCUCGGCCGGCCGGUGGCGCGCAAGCGGAGGUGGUCAGCACCUGAAGGCCGCAAGGUGGAGCGGUCAGACGAGGAGCAUCUCCCCCCCAAGGCCUCCUUCCUCUCCCAGGAGGUGAAGACCAGCAUCGAAGGACACUCUAACAUGGGCUAGUGAGCGAUGCCAACAGGACUGUUAGAUGAAACGACAAACUCACGCCAAACAAAGAAAUCUGCCCUCAAUUUGUUUUCUCUCUUUUUUUAUCCGAAUUACUGUACUGUAGGCAACAUUUGACCGAGUAUUUACACGUUACCACAUUAAGUCCAUGUAGUCAUAACAUUGUUAUACGUUAUUACAACUGGUGCAAUUGUUUGGAGCUUUCCACAGAGGUGCUGAGGCUUCUGUGCUGGGUUAGGGUGUGUGUGUGUGUGUGUGUGUGUGUGUGUGUGUGUGUGUGUGUGUGUGUGUGUGAGGGUGAGUAGGAAUGCCCUGCGCACUGCUAGAUGGCCUGCCAGUUCUUUGAUGUCAGUCACAAGAUUCCAGAAUGCUCUCGAGUGUUCUAGAAUCCCACGUUAAUUCUGAUCUCCACACAACAGCCAGGCCUGUUCCAGGGUGCUCUAGAGUGCAACCUCCAUAUUCUGUUUGUUUUGUUUUGUUGUUGUUGUUGUUUUUGUAAACGCUGUGGUCAGCUGUGGUCAGCUGCAGUGUGCGGCUGAAGGAGGGGGCUGGGUAGCCUGGCAUGCUGGACGAGGCGGCACAUGACUGGCAUGCCAGGCUGUGGUUGGCAUCUCCUCUCAGGGUACCAUGGCGGAAACGGUUCUUCACUGGUGAAGAGGUCGACAUGAUGCCCGUUAUCCUGAGCUAGUUAUCACACCUUUAGCAUCGUUUUAGUUUAAAACACUUCAUUUCUUAUCGAUUCCUGUCUCUGUGAAGUCAUCAAACAGUGACAGACUGGCUGAUGAUCAUCAAGCCAGUCAUCAAGUCAUCAAGCAGUGCCAGUCGCUCCUAGAGAAAGAGGGAAACUAAACUAUUAAUGGAGUCGGCUUCAUGUAAUCACCCUUUUGGAAUGUUUCCCCCAUUUCUACUAGUUUGUUCUGUUUUUCCUUCUUUGUAACGAUGGAUAGUUUUCUAUCUGUGAUGAAUGUGUAAUCUAAACCUUCAGGUCAGGGCUCCCCUCCAGUCACAUACAACCUGGACGAUGUGUGUGUGUGUGUGUGUGUGUGUGUGUGUGUGUGUGUGUAGUGAGUUUGGGUAAUACUAGAAGAGAUGACUACAUGUGACUCAUCAUUCUUUUGGUGCAAUGUUGUGUAUUUGUUUUUUCCUGUGUUUAGUCUUUUUAAUAAGUGAUGUGUGUGUGUGUGUGUGUGUGUGUGUCGUGAGGACAGUGUAUGUCGUGUCGAGUGGAGUGAAGUGGAGUGGGGAAGCACAGGUGAUCGUCUUGAAGCACUUAACACACCUGUUCCUCUCACAAACCAGCCAAUUAUGAGCAGAGAGGCAGCAAUCGACAGAUUAUGACAAUAAUGAUCUCACCCAUUAUUAUUAUUAUUAUUAUUAUUAUUAUUAUUAUUAUUAUUAUUGAACUCAGUACUGUAUGUUGUGUGUGUAAGUCUGAAUGCUCUGUGGCUAUGAUGAGAGCUCAGGGGUCAAAGGUCAGGUGACCUACGACAGGCACAGGUAACGUGACAGGUGACCUGGUGACCAGGAGGCGGGAAAAAGGAGAAGAACCAGACGUGCCCAUGGAGAGCACUACCAGGGUCUACCAGACGAGGGCGCUGCAGAGCACUACCAGGGUCUACCAGACGAGGGCGCUGCGGAGCAGCACAAGCACAUGGAGAAAGAAUCAGAGAAUCUAAAGUAAUAAAGCCAUUAUAUUCUAGAGAGAGAGGGAGAGGCAACGUGAGAGAGAGAUAAAGUGAGAAAGAGAGAGAGAGAAAGAGAGAGUGAGAGAGAGAGAGAGAGAGAGACAGAGAGAGAGAGAGAUGAGUAGGAGAAGGUUCAGCCACAGAAUGGUGAAGUCUCUUUGAAUGAUGUCAUGUGAUCAUGAGUUCAUACAUGCAUGAAUGUAUGCAGGCAAACAAAUACAUAUACACACACACACACACACACACACACACGCACUAAAGAUGUGCUUUAAAGUUGAUGUAUUUUAUAAGUUUGUAUACAGUACAUUAACAUGCCGUGUCAUACGACACCUUAACUGGUGAGCAGGUUAGGACACACACACACGUCAUGCGACAGCUUGACUGGUGAGCAGGUUAGGACACACAGACACACACACACACACACACGUCAUGCGACACCUUAACUGGUGUGCAGGCUAGGACACACAGACACACACCAUGUUUUUACACCAGACUUUAAACCGUAGAUGUGUAGUGAUGUUAGUGGUCUGUUGUGUGCGAGUGUGUACGCCUUUGAUUAUGUGUGUGUGUGUGUGUGUGGUUAGCAUCUGUAUUAUAUAAUUUUUAUUAUAUAGGUAUAUGUCCAGUGUUUCUGUUAAAAAAUCUACUUAAGAGAAUCUUGCAAUUUGCACAUCUGGAGAGUUACCGUAGUAACAUAACUUUUUUUUAUUUUUUAUUCUCCUCUCUUUUGUUUUCUUUUUCUGUUUGUUUAUUUUCUUUUUGUUUUGUUUUUCUCUUUUGUUUUCUGUUUUCAGCCCAAACGCACACACUGAGCUGGAAACCCGUUUUGCUGAGAUGUAGCAGUGACCUGUCCAGCAACUGACCCCUAAAGCACACACACUCUCUCUCACACACACACUCUCUGUGGACAAACACAUGUGACACACACACACAUACACACACACACACACACUCUCUGUGG